GUAAGCCGCAUUUCCACAGUGACGUCGACUUCUUACCCGAUUGACGAUCAAGUAGAUACAUACGAUGCUAUUGUCCUGACGGGGUCAGCUGCCUCCGCAUAUGAGAACGUGGAAUGGGUCAACAAGCUCAUUGCGUACAUCAGCCAUAUCGCAGAAUCAAAACCACAUGUCAAGCUGAUAGGGAUAUGCUUUGGUCAUCAGAUCAUCGGCCGCGCAUUGGGAGGCGAAUGUGUCCCCAAUGGCGGCAGGUGGGAGGUCGGUCCCAUGCCUCUGGAUCUGACUGACCUGGGAAAGCAAGUAUUCGGCGUAGAAUCUCUGAACGUUCAAGAGAUGCAUAGAGAUCACGUCCCCGCUGUUCCACCGACAUUCCACCUCCUUGGUUCAACGCCUCUAUCAUUGAAUCAAGGCAUGGCGACAUUGAAAGAUAUACACAUCUUCGCCGUCCAAGGUCAUCCCGAGUUUACGCAACCAAUCGUGGAUGGACUUGUCGAACAGAGGGCGAGUUCGGGAGUUAUCGACGCUGAAGCCGCAGCCGAUGCGAAGAGGAGGCAAUUUUGGCAGAAUGAUGGCGUCCCAGUUGUCGGAAAGGCUAUCUGGGGGAUAUUAGGCGUUCCUACGUAA